UUGUGCUUGAGAUCGGGAAGCGCUCGCGGGGACGUGCCGUAGCGCCGCUGUUUACGCUCGUUCCUCACACACUUGUCAGGCGAGAUGUCUCGACCGCUGUCAGACCACGAGAAGAGGAAGCAGAUUUCGGUGCGCGGACUCGCCGGCGUGGAGAACGUGACGGAUCUGAAGAACAAUUUCAACCGUCACCUGCACUUCACGCUCGUGAAGGACCGCAAUGUGGCCACGAAGAGGGAUUACUACUUCGCGCUGGCCAACACCGUGCGUGACCACCUGAUCGGCCGCUGGAUCCGCACGCAGCAGCACUACUACGAGAAGGACCCCAAGCGUGUGUACUACAUUUCUCUGGAGUUCUACAUGGGUCGUGCCCUGCAGAACACCAUGGUAAACCUGGCUUUGGAGAAUGCCUGUGAUGAAGCAAUGUACCAGAUCGGUUUGGACAUGGAGGAAUUGGAGGACAUGGAGGAAGAUGCUGGCUUGGGCAACGGUGGUCUGGGACGUCUAGCUGCCUGCUUCCUUGAUUCCAUGGCUACCCUCGGCUUGGCUGCCUACGGAUAUGGAAUCCGUUACGAGUUUGGCAUUUUCAAUCAGAAAAUUGUCAGCGGCUGGCAGGUCGAGGAAGCGGACGACUGGCUGCGCUAUGGCAACCCCUGGGAGAAGGCCCGUCCCGAGUACAUGCGCCCUGUCCACUUCUACGGCAGGACAGAGCAUCACCCGGACGGAGUGAAAUGGGUGGACACUCAGGUUGUCCUGGCUCUGCCCUACGACACGCCUGUUCCGGGAUACAGGAAUAACGUUGUCAACACCAUGCGACUGUGGUCUGCCAAGGCCCCCUGUGAAUUCAGGCUGCAAGAUUUCAAUGUUGGUGGCUACGUUGAGGCUGUGCUGGACAAGAACUUGGCUGAGAACAUUUCCCGUGUGCUCUACCCCAACGACAAUUUCUUUGAAGGCAAGGAGCUGCGUCUGAAACAGGAGUACUUUGUUGUGGCGGCCACUCUUCAGGACAUCAUCCGUCGCUACAAGACCUCCAAGUUCGGCUCCAUGGAGGCGGUCCGGACAGACCUCGACGGCCUGCCCAACAAGGUUGCGAUCCAACUCAACGACACCCACCCGGCACUGGCCAUCCCUGAGCUUAUGAGGGUCUUGGUGGAUGAGGAGAUGCUCACCUGGGAGAAUGCCUGGGACAUCUGCGUGCGCACAUGUGCGUACACCAAUCACACCGUGCUCCCUGAGGCCCUGGAGCGUUGGCCCAUUGACUUGUUCCAGCAGCUUCUCCCCCGACACCUUGAGAUCAUUUAUGAGAUCAACCGGCGCCACUUGGAGCGCGUGGCGUCUUUGUAUCCCGGUGACGUCGACCGCAUGCGUCGCAUGUCGCUGAUUGAGGAGGGAGGCCAGAAGAGGGUCAACAUGGCCCACCUGUGCAUCGUUGGAUCCCACGCGGUCAACGGAGUUGCUCGUAUUCACUCUGACAUCCUCAAGGCCACAGUUUUCAAGGACUUCUAUGAAAUGGACCCAUACAAGUUCCAGAACAAGACCAAUGGAAUCACCCCACGCCGAUGGCUGGUCAUGUGCAACCCUGGACUUGCAGAGGUCAUUGCUGAGAGAAUUGGAGAUGACUUCAUUCGUGAUCUGGACCAGCUGAAGAAGCUCAUAAAGUUUGUUAACGACGAUGCUUUCAUCCGAGACGUUGCCAAGGUCAAACAAGAGAACAAGAUGAAGUUUGCUGUGCACCUGGAGGAACACUACAAGGUGAAAAUCAACCCCAACUCAAUGUUUGACCUUCAAGUCAAGAGAAUCCAUGAGUACAAGAGACAGCUCCUCAACUGCCUUCAUAUCAUCACCUUCUACAACCGCAUCAAGAAGGAACCCAAUAAACACUGGACACCCAGAACCAUCAUGAUUGGAGGGAAGGCCGCUCCAGGUUACCACACUGCCAAGAUGAUCAUAAGGCUCAUCACCGCAAUCGGAGAAAUUGUCAACAACGACCCCGUGGUGGGCGACCGUCUCAAAGUCAUCUUCCUGGAGAACUACAGGGUCACGUUAGCUGAGAAAGCCAUUCCAGCAGCUGACCUGUCGGAGCAGAUCUCCACCGCUGGCACAGAGGCCUCCGGCACAGGGAACAUGAAGUUCAUGCUGAAUGGGGCCCUCACCAUUGGCACCAUGGAUGGCGCUAACGUAGAGAUGGCGGAGGAGGCUGGGGAGGACAAUCUCUUCAUUUUUGGCAUGAGGGUAGAUGAUGUUGAAGCUAUGGACAGAAAGGGAUACAACGCUCUCGAGUACUACAACCGUAUUCCGGAGCUGAAGCAGGCCAUCGACCAGAUUGCUGGAGGGUUCUUCAGCCCCAAGCAACCCGACCUCUUCAAGGAUAUUGUUAGCCUUCUAAUGUACCAUGACAGGUUUAAGGUGUUUGCUGACUAUGGAGACUACAUCAAAUGCCAGGAGAAAGUCAGUGCCUUGUACAAGAACGCCAAGGAAUGGACCAAGAAGGUGAUCUAUAACAUUGCUGGCUGCGGUAAAUUUUCCAGUGACCGCACUAUUGCCCAGUACGCUCGUGAGAUAUGGGGGAUGGAACCAUCCCUGGAGAAGUUUCCUGCUCCAGAUGAGAAACGUUAAAUGGACCCACCUCGAAAGCUUCCAUCUUGCUCGAAAACAAUCUCAGAAAUUCAGAUAAAAUAACAGUAAUGAGUAGAGCACUCCCACACAUAACCACUUCUUAGAAGCCAGUGCUUUUUUUUUUUUUUUCCCCCGACAGGUACUGCAUGACCUUAGCGACCCCAGUCUAGCCCCGGUAGUUACUUUUAUAUUGGCAUGACACUGGCAGCUGGCCACUUUACAAAAGGUUCAAUAUUGAUUUUGUCAAUGUUCUAAUGUUUCACCCACUGAGAGUUUAACAGAGAUAAUACCUUGCUUGUGUUGAGCCGACAGCUUGGCACUUGUACAUCCCGCACACAAAGCGACUUGUAAACGUAUUAUGGACUAAAGUGUCAUACAAAGACAAAGGUUAUAGAUCUGCCAGACGGGAUUUAUCCACGUACCUCAAACCAUGUUUCAAAGUCUGUGGAAACGACCCCAUGGAUGUUUACUCUGACAGUAGUGUCACUUACACUGUUGCCUGAGUGACUGUGAUUUUCAUCAUCCUGACAGUUCUGUGUUUUAAAUUUGUUUUCUGAAUUGAUGAAUUUUUAGUGCCGCUGCCCUUCUUGCUCCUCCUUGCUCAAGGAAAGCACUUGGUCUCGAUCUGUCAUGGACUGAGAUUCUUUGUUUUUCUUUUUCAUAAAUAGAAAGACUUUUCGAUCCUUUGCAAUGAGAUGCUACAAUAAUCGUCUGUGGGUGUCGGAGUUUAAAAUGUGCUGCUGCUUUUGUUUUUUUUUUUUCUCCUUCUGAGCUCUGGGGGAAACGGCAUUAGAGAAAGGUAGAGGAGCUGGUUCUUGGUCAAAGAUUGAUUUUACAGUAAAAUCUCUCACCACCUGAUUCCCCAUUUAUGGGCCAUUUGGAAGAAUAAACCCUGUGAGACGAUUUCCAAGUACCGGGAGGACUGAGGGUAAGAAAUACCCCUCUAUCCUGCGGUUGGGGCUUCGUCCGCCACAGGCUCGGUCUUCACCCGACUGCUUGACUGAUGUGAACUUGUCGUGGGACACCACUUGUACCAUUUCACUUAACAAAGCUUUUGUCACACAGCAAAAGGCCAUUAAAAUGCCACCAAUACAAGUC